AAUCUGUAAUAAACUGUCUGGUGUCAUUCCGCCAUAAUAGUGCAUUUUUUAAAGCUUCUGUAGUUUUCGGAAAUUGUUUCCGACAGAAGAGUACAUAUAAAAUCUGUUCAGUCCAUCAGUGUUUUGUGAUGUGUUCAAAAAUCCCAAUUUAAUUGUUUUUCUUCAUUAUUGGUCAAAACUGUGUAGGCCGUAUUUGUUGGGCAUUCCAAAUAUCAUAUCCCUGUGGUAGAUCUAUUUACUGCCAAUUUACAUUAUGUAAAAAAUUGUUUGUCUGCUGUUGAACUAUUCUUAAGAGUCCUCUUGAAGCCGGUUCCUGGUUAUAUUAAUGUGACUUCAAAAACUAUCGCAAUCAACAUUUUGUCGUCCAUUAUAAGUACAAUAGACAUAACCUGCAUCAAAAUGUCUAAGCGCCGCCUAAAAGGUCCAGGUCUGAAGAUCCAGGUUGAUGAAGCAUCCACCUCCAAUCCAGUCACUCCACCAAGGAAUCUGGACAAAACGGCUACCAUCACCAUCGGAACGAAUACCUUUGUUGUUGAGGCGGAUAAUUUGGAGAAAAUUUGCGACCUUGGCCGUGGGGCAUAUGGGAUUGUGGAGAAGAUGCGCCACAAACCUACAAACACGAUUAUGGCCGUGAAGCGAAUAACUGCUACCGGUCAGACACAGGAGCAGAAACGGUUACUGAUGGAUUUGGAUAUUUCAAUGCGAGCGAGCGAUUGUCAGUAUACGGUUCACUUUUACGGAGCACUGUUCCGAGAAGGCGACGUUUGGAUUUGCAUGGAAGUGAUGGAUACUAGUAUAGACAAAUUUUACCCAGUAGUGUUCAAGAACGGCAGGAAAAUGCCGGAGGAUAUUCUCGGCAAGAUUGCGGUCGCAGUUGUUAAUGCACUUAAUUAUCUUUACACCAACUUGCGUGUGAUCCAUCGAGAUGUUAAGCCGUCCAAUAUUCUGAUAAAUGGGCAAGGGGAUGUCAAAAUGUGCGAUUUUGGCAUAUCAGGAUAUCUAGUAGAUUCAGUAGCGAAGACUAUUGAUGCUGGCUGCAAACCAUAUAUGGCACCAGAACGGAUAGAUCCUCAAGGCAAUCCUGGAGAGUACAACAUUAAGUCUGAUGUUUGGUCACUUGGAAUCAGUAUGAUAGAAAUGGCAACGGGUCAGUUUCCUUACAGUUCGUGGGGAUCUCCUUUUGAGCAGCUCAAACAGGUUGUAAAGGAUGAACCUCCACGGUUAAAGUCAGACGACUUCAGCGAUGUGUUCAAAGACUUUAUCGUGGCCUGUUUGCAGAAAAACUACCAAAACCGAUUCAACUAUGAACAAUUACUGAAUCAUCCGUACAUCAAGGAGCACACCGAGAAGGCGACGCCGGUGGCGACGUUCGUUAGCGAAAUCCUAGAUAUGGCUGUCGCGGGAACCCAGUGAUAAUUCAACACAUAGAUAUGGUUUACUAAGUUAAGAUUCGAGUCUAAAGUUUCAAACAAGUAUCGAUCAUUACGCAUCCUGUUUAAUUAGCUGCAACUAAUAUGCCAUAUUUUGUUUCACGUUAUUAUGCUUACAAAGUGUCCCCAAUCAGGCAAGCCCAAUGUUGAAAAAAGUUAUGAUUUUUAAUUAAUAUAUUCUCAGUGGGAGCCAUUGAUGGUUCGUUAAAA